AUGCGAUGCAGGGUCAGAUCCGAGAACGGGGCCUUCCUUCUCACCCUGGCAGAGGACGCCACGGUGGGAGACUUGAUCUCUCAAAUCACGGAGAAAACAUCGAUUCAAAGCUUUCACACCAAAAUUGGCUACCCCCCAAAGCCCCUCCUCCUCGAAGAGAGCGAUACCUCCUCACCCCUCAGCGCCCUGGGCGUGAAGCUAGACGGCGAACAACUCACCAUAAGCCGAAAGGAUGGUCUUCCUACGGGCCAAGGAGACACAAUAGUCACAAAUGUGAAAGGCGGCAUCUCUGCCCCGGCACCAAAGGCUGGGUCAACCCCGAUUGGAGCUGGAUCAUCAAUACCCAAGGAGGGCAGGUCAGCCGGGCCAGUAUCGCUGGCACGGAAAGCUAUGGAGGGGGAUGUACCUGAGCAGCCGUUUCCGGAGAGGGGGACUACUGUGGGCAAGUCUAUCACCCCUGGUCUCUGCUUCUAG